AUGAGUGACAGGAGGCGAUCUGCUGCUGCUCUGAGCUCAAGAGCGCACGCCUUUUCGGUGGAAGCCCUGAUCGGGUCAAACAAGAAGAGAAAGCUCCGGGCCUGGGAGGAAAAGGAUCUGGAGUUGUCUAUGGAGAGCCUCGCCAACAACGGACAAUUAGGAGACGGUGACGACCCUGUGCAUUGUCUGGAUAUCGACCCCGGUCAGUGCAUAACCACCAUCACUUCAUACUUUGUUUUUUUUGAAUAUUGUUAUGUUCCAUCAGAAAACUACGGAUAGGCCUAUCUAACGGAAAAGAGGAAUACAAAAAAGGCUACUAUUUCAUCACCGUCUCUAAGAUAACUACUUAUAACGUUUUCCUCAGAUAGGCCUACUAAUGUGGAAUAAUAGGCUAUAGAACUUCUGUAGACUAAUAGUGACCAUAAAUAAUGUAGUAGUUUAACACAGCCUAACUAUCAUACCAUAAUAGUGGUGUUUUAACUUUGCAUACAUUAUCAAAGGAGUUAACCAACCCCAAAUAUUUAUUUUGUAUAAAUGCCUUCGUUUUAACAAAUUAAUUGGCCUGUCACGCGUCGGUCAGACCGACUGUGUCGAUGCGUAAUAAAUUCUGCAGUCAAACUUUAUUCAUUAAUCCAAAUUUUUUACUGGAAAUGUGAGCAACAACAUUUCAACAUUCACCUUUUGUUACUAUACUGAAAAAAUAUAUAAAUUCAACAUGCAACAAUUUUUAAGAUUUUACUGAGUUACAGUUCAUAUGAGGAAAUCAGUACAUUUAAAUAAAUUCAUUAGGCCCUAAUCUAUGGAUUUCACAUGACUGGGAAUACAGAUAUGUAUCUGUUGGUCACAGAUAAUCCCCCCCCCCCUCCCCCCUCAGGAUCUCAUCACAGUAUUUUUGUGCAUUCAAAUUGCCAUCGAUAGUAUGCAAUUGGGUUUGUUGUCCGUAGCUUAUGCCUGCCCAUACCAUAACCCCACCUCCACCAUUGGGCACUCUGUUCACAACGUUGACAUCAGCAAACCGCUUGCCCACAUGACGCCAUACACGUGGUCUGCGGUUGUGAGGCCAAUUGGACAUACAGCCAAAUUCUCUAAAACGACAUUGGAGAUGGCCUAUGGUAGAGAAAUUAACAUUAAAUUAUCUGCCAACAGCUCUGUUGGACAUUCCUGCAGUCAGCAUGCCAAUUGCACGCUCCCUCAACUUGAGACAUCUGUGGCAUUGCGUUGUGUGACAAAACUGCACAUUUUAGAGUGGCCUUUUAUUGUUCCCAGCACAAGGUGCACCUGUGUAAUGAUCAUGCUGUUUAAUCAGCUUCUUGAUAUGCCACACCUGUCAGGUGGAUGGAUUUUCUUGGCAAAGGAGAAAUGCUCACUAACAGGGAUGUAAACACAUUUGUGCACAACAUUUGAGAGAAAUAAGCUUUUUGUGCUUUUGGACAAUUUCUGGGAUAUUUUCUUUCGGCUCAUGAAACAUGGGACCAACACUUUACAUGUUGCCUUUAUAUUUUUGUUUAGUGUAUUUCUGUCACGUCUACGCAUACAAUUUGAUGCAUAUGUUGGAUAAAUGGAAAUGAAUAAUAAUAAUAAUAAUAAUAAUAAUAAUAUGCCAUUUAGCAGACGCUUUUAUCCAAAGCGACUUACAGUCAUGCGUGCAUACAUUUUUUGUGUAUGGGUGGUCCCGGCGAUCGAACCCACUACCUUGGCGUUACAAGCGCCGUGCUCUACCAGCUGAGCUACAGAGGAGUAUCAGGAGUAUCAGAAUGCAAUGACACUGUCGGUCUGAUCAAGGCGUCACUAGACCAUGACGCACGCAGAAAAACGCAGUAGCCUACUGCAGCAGAGCACGGUUUAUGUUCUUAUUGCACAAUUAGGCUAUCUUCAUUCAUAUGAUAAAUGGUUACGUUAAACAUUAUAUUACCAUUGUGUCCCCUCUCCAUUUGCAGAGGCCUAGCUGAGUAAAUUUGCCCCGUCUCUCUUUCACGCGUGCCUCUCUUGAUACAAUACAAUUGACCAUGCUAGUGACUCAAGUGGAUACAUGGUCAGUUGUAAUUCAUAUUUACUUAUUUAGAUGGUCUUGAAUUGGGAGAAAUGUUUUGCUGAGAUGAGGUAGGCCUAUAUUGGCAGAACGAUUUAGUGUAGUUUCUGUGAUUCAAUGCAAAUCAUGCAUUUUUGGAGCUUGGCACAAUAUGUAGAAAUAAGCCAUCACAAGCCACAUCUGGGAUACCUAUACAUUUUUUUGUGUGAGUUCAAAUAGAAUAUGAGACAAUGCGUCUGUGUAAGUGUAGGCCUAUGUGUGCAAGUUGUUUUCACUUGGUUAGCCUGUGUGCCCUGCAUUUUCUAUUCUAAUUUCGUGCAACAUAUCUAUAGGCCUAGACUAACGCCGUCAUUCUUCCUAUUUGGGAAACAAUAGGCCAAUAAAACGUAGACCUACGUUUAAACUAUUUUUAUUAUUAUGUUUUAUUACUUUAUUUUUCCAAUAGUAUAGGCUAAACUAUGUAUCUAUAUAAAAUUGAACGGACACGCAACCUCUGCCUGAGUUUGUGUCCUAGCCUACUGAAAAUGGGUUCAUUCGAUAACUUUUAUUGCGAAGGAAAGAAUCACAGCUUUCAGUCAAUUUUUGACAAUCUCAGCAAUCACCUAUAAGGAUAGUCUAAAGCAGAAUUGGAUAUCAACGUUUAUUUAAUUCAAAUUGAUAAUAUUAAUUUUGUAAGCCGAAAUCGCCAAAUCAAGAGGCUCAGGCUAAUCUUUAAGGCCUAUAAAUCACGCAGGCUUUUUAUUACUGUCAAAACAUUUGAUAAUACUAAAUCGCAAAUAUAUUUUAGGUAAACAAUUUGUUUUCACUUUUUCUUUGUUGCAAAUGUUGUAAUAACAAGUAGCCUGGCCUAUCCGAAUUUGCAAUAGGCCAAAGUUAUUGCAUGCCUAUGACGCAAGUCACAUUAGAUUCAAGAUGGGCAUAUCCUAUCAUUUUAAAUAAUAGAAUCUUCCAAAUUAUUUACGAAGACGCCUAGGCCUUUUUAUGCAAACUUAAAACGAACUAAUAUGUGAUUUAAUAGGCGAAAUGUCACAAAAUUAAUUGACUGUCUCGUCUUUUCUACGUCUUGGGGGAUUUGGGGCAGGUUUGAAUUUAAUGUUCCAUAUCCCAUUCUAACCCUCUCAGGCCACAUAUAUGAAUCAUAAGCCUAAUAUGAAAUGAUAUAUCUCCUCUCAGCUCAUUAUAGCCUACAUUGAAUUUCAACAGACACGUAAACCAACGUCUCAAUAUUACAAUUCCCAUUACAAUUGGAUUCACAAUAGGCCUAGUAGCCUAUAGACAAAGCGCGAAGUCCCUCCUGCUUUUUUAUCAAAUAGGCCUACAUUUUUUUUCUUUCUAAAAGGAUCUCAAACUAAUAGCCUAUUUGAUAUUUCGCUCCUUUUUUUUUUUUGCAUUAUAGACUAUAUGCCUAUACAUAGAAAAUAUCUUAUUUGGUUAAUUAGAAACCUAAUUUAGCGUCACGUGCAUGGCUUAAUGAUCUAGGCCUACACAUGUAUUUUCUAAUUUUACAGUUCAUUUUAGAGGCUGACUUGACCCUCACGCACAGAGGCUGUUGUCUGGCGCGUGAUGCGCAGCAGCAAGUGUUGUGAAUUUGGGGGAUGCCUCACAAAUGCGGUGGACCGAACAAAAUUUGUUCACAGCUGAGAUGCAGGGUAUCAGUACUACCAUUAACUGCGAUUCAGUCAGUCAAGGACAGGUUAUACAUCCUCCACGGUUUCACAUGGGUCGUUUAAGUUAGAGUCGUCGUUGAUUGAAAAGGCACAUUGUCUCGCGAGCUCCAAGUCAUAUAGGAGCUAGAUUCCUGGCAGCGUCGCAAGCAGUGUGAGUAUCCAGCCUUGACUAGCCUCCAGUUGACGCGUAUAGACCAGCCAUCACUGAAAACAGCUAGUCUUUGUGGUCAGUUUGUGCGGUUUAGGCUUUUUACAUAAUGAUUUUGCCUCCAUGUGAGGCUUUCAAACCGACAUGGUCAAAUAACAUUCUUAUUGAAAGACACGUCAUGGGGAAAAAAAAGAUCAAAAGUGUAAGAAAACCACCACCACACAAUAGUUUAAACUGGAUUAAUAACAAUCCCGUUUAAAAAUAAAAUAAAAAAAACAAUCCCGUUUCCCAGAGAGCCAGCAUGUAUGACAAACAUUACCUUCGUUUCAGACAAGCACAUGUAGGCCUAUCUGCAGAAUUUCCCCUCCAAAGCAAGGACUAUUGUCAAUAUUUAAUUGCCUGCCUUAAAUGUAAAUAUCAGCACUGUCAGCAGUUUGUGUGUGUGUGCGUGCACUUGCGUGUGUCAGACAGAGAGAAACUGCUUUUCUUUUUAUGGAUUUACAAAUAAAUGUAAACAUUCAGACUGGGAAAUAUAUCACUAUAGAUUAUCUUUAAUCUCACUCUUAAACCUAUUACUGGCCUGCUACAUGGCUUGGACAGCGGUCUCUGUCUCACACUAGGAAUCUGUAUUAUGGAUAACCAUGUACACUUUUUUUUCUUUGUCUAUGGAGUUACACUGAUUUUUAAGAGACAGAAUGUUUAAUCUUUAUAAAAAAAAUUGAGCCCUGUAUUUGUGAUUUUGUGAUUAUUCUGUCCGUACUUCAUUUAACUCUGAGGUUUCAAUAUGGUUAACCUAUUCUAUAUAAUAAUAUAUUAUAUAGCCUAAUAUAUGAUAUAUACAUUGUCACUUGGUACUUCUGGGGUGAUGAUUCCUCGUUCACAAAAUGCAAAUAGCUGCUCGUUUUGUAUGUUAGAAACCCAACUUUUAAAAUGAUGCCUCUGAGAAAAGCCUAAAUGUAAACCAACAGAUGUUUGUUUGCACUAUUAAAAGGGUUUAAUCCUUCUUUCAUUGCCUCUCCCUAACAUGUGCCUGAAUUAAUUACAGGCGGAAACAGGUGGUUCUGAUUCUUGUGGAUUGGGUUACUCUGCGAUUUCAUGGUUGGUAGAUUGCUACUUACCCACUCUGUUACAACUGUAUUAAAUGCAUCUUCUAUUCAUAAACUUGUUCCUAUAGAAAGGUCUUUACCUUGUAAAGGAAGUGUUGCAACAAUCACCAAUGAACAUAUGCAGUCAUACUAUAUGAAUAGCCAGUGCAUUGUUCCAAUUCAAUCAUCACAAACAUUUUUGUUCGUAAAAAAAGUAUAUAUAUAUUUGUAAAUUUUUUUUGUCCAAAUUAGAUAAUCACAUAGUGAAUAAGUUUGUGUAAGAAUAAUAAGCUAUGAUUGUCUAGUUAGUCAGCAUUAGUCAUGCACUUAAGGUUAGCACCAGAUUUCUGACUCUGCUUCCACCUUUCUAUCUGUAAGCUGCCAUGAAGUGCUACUUCCUUCAAUAUAUUUAUUUAUUUGUCCCUCACUCCAUCUCUCUCGUUCUCUUGAUAUGCAUAUUUCUACCCAGCAAUAUCCUGUGUAAUGUGGGACAGAUGUGUGUAGUUUUUCUCACACUUUUGUAGCUCUGCUCUGUACCUAUUGGUUAUAGUGGGUGGGACUGAUAGCAGGCUGUCCGUGUGGAGGGGGACAGUGGGAUAGCUGUGAUGGACAGAGACUGGUCUGGUGACAUGUGAGGGACAGCAUGGUGACUCGGUGAGUGCUGGUGGAUGGACGCGGUGUAGCUUGAUGACAGUAAAGCGCCGAGACAACAGCAGCAGCCAUGAUGGCGCUGAGCAGGCCCAGAUCUCUGGCCUGGCCCGCUGUGUGGCUGAUGGCUGCUGGCUGCUGGAUGCAUGGUGGCUGUAUGGGUCAAUCAACAGUCGUUCUGUCUUGCCAUGUUCCUUGGCUCACACAGAGAGAGUCAUCACUGCCAUUAUACUGAAAGGAUCUCUCACUCCCCUUCUCUGCACCUCACUCAUCUCCCUCUUUGUCUCUGUGGUGGAGCUGUCCUGCCUGCAGUGUCUUCAUGUCUCCACUCCAUGCUCUUGUCUCUUGUUUUGGGGUCGUGAUUACUUGGUGGUUAGUCCUGGGCCACACUCCAGUCUCUCAGCAGUCCUGCAUCUGCAUAAAACCCUGUUUGCAUGGUGUGUCCUGCCAAAGCAACCUACUCAUGUCAGGGCCCUCAAUAAAUAAUAUCAUAUUACAUAUUGGCACAUAAGGAGGAGACAAGUACAUUAAUAAGAAAUUGAAAUAUACAAUUCAUAACUUUACAGUAGGCUGUAUAUAAUAAAACAAAUAUAUAUUUAUGAGCUGAUACAUGGCUAAAUGUUUUUUUCACUACAUAGUGUUCUCAAUGUCUAACAUAAAAUGUUGCAGCCAGUAAUGUAAGCCUAUAGGUUUCUUUGGAAGCUAAGAUCUGGAACAGUUAUUCUGGAAAAUGUCGUUGACUAUUCAAGUUCUUUAUGCAGGCUAUACAUUUAUUUUGCUAUUGUAGUUGUUCUUAUUGUGUUGCCAGAGAUUUCAUUGGGGGAAAAUAUAGCUUUGUUAAUAUAUGACAUAUGUAGACAUAGUGAUAUGAAUUACAGUUUGUAGUUGGCGUGACAAUCAGUUGGGUUAAAUAUAGCUUUUAGAAUUUUGUUGGUGGGCGUUCUUUCAUGUAAAAUGCACAUUUCGUUUGAUUGAAGCGUUACCCUUGUGGUUACUUUAUGACAUUUCAAACGCAAACGGAAUAGUUUUAGAGUCAGAUUUCUAUUUUAUUCUUUGAAAUCCAACCAAACCAAUAUGAUUUGAGUGAGUCAGAUUCAGUGCUUUCUCGGAGUUCAUGCUGCAGAUGAUUUGGCCUCAACCGUCAAUACUCAACUAACUUUCCUGAGGCCCCCGCUUUACCAGGGCUACAUUUUUUCAUAAUCGUGUUAAUCUCCACAGAUUCGGAGGCGAGCCCCGGUUCAGACGGCGAGGGUCUGGCGGAGAGGACGUCGUGCUCCUUCGGCUCCCCCGAGGACCUGGCCCCGGCGGCCUGCGAGUUGUCCCCCACUGCCUCAAUGGAGGAGAUUCAGGUGGAGCUGCAGUGCGCGGACCUCUGGAAGCGCUUCCAUGAAAUUGGCACGGAGAUGAUCAUCACGAAAGCGGGGAGGUAAAGUAGCUGCUACAUAUUUAUGAUUUAAAGGACUCCGCUGAUUAUUAUAUUUUCUUCUUGCACUUAAGAUACACUCUUAGAAAAAAGGGUUCCAAAAGGGAUCCUUUUUGGUUCCAGGUAGAACCCUUUUUGGUUCCUCUGUGGAAAGGUUUCUACAUGAAACACAAAAUAGUUAUACCUUGAACCAAAAGGGUUCUACCUGUAAAAAUUGUUAUUUAAAGGGUUCUCCUAUGGGGACAGCCGAAUAAUCAUUUUAGGUUUGAUGUCACUUUUUUUUCUAAGGUGACACACACAUUCACACACGUAGCUUAUUUUUGCGCAAAAGACGCCCGUGCGCUAUGCAUUACCCCUGUAGCACGCAUGUUUUUGAGGGGUGCUAAUGUGUUGCACAUGGGGGCAAGGGCUCCGGACACGCGAGGGCCGCUCUGUAAUCACAGGCCAUACAUGACAUAUGAGGGUAUUCCAUGGCUGAUGUUAGAGAAUAGCCGGGGAAGAAAGGAACUGUUUCAAAUUAAUCUCUUUGAAACAUGUUUUUGGUUUUCUUGCUCUUUUGGGCAGCAAUUACAACCCAAGCCGAGUAUAUAACUUAACCUACACUGUUCUCAUGAAGACCUUUCCCCCUCGCCAGGAACACCAGGUAUUUCCCGUCCAUUUUGAAUUUAACGAUCAAGCAACAGGCGAACGAUGAAUUUAUGUAGUCGACUGAUUCACGAAGAAGGCCUAGCAAUAAAGCGGUCGUGGGUAUGACUUUUUCCUCCAUAAAACAAGUGAAAAACACUGUGAAGGCAUAUCGUCUUCUGUAGGCCUAUGGUUUAUAAUACAUCAUUUGUUUAUUUCAAAACUAGGUUUAAGAAAGGUGAAGGUGUUCAUCUAAAAUCUAACCUAACGGGUUUUAGUUUUAAAGGCCACUUUAUUUUACUCUGGUUCGUGAAAUUCGACUUGCCCAGUUGCCCAUUUCAACUCCCUUUUCUGACUAUUUUUGUUGAAAAAUAUAUUUAAAUAAUUGUCAUUAAUCAGGAAUAUUAGUUGUGUUUUAGGCUACCAUUUAUUGUCAAUAAAAGCGAAAUAGAGGCCCAGUAAAAUCAUCAGCAUCAAGCCUUUUGAUUUUUCCACAUCUACAACCAUGUAUGGUCCAGUAUUGCUCAGUUGAUAGAGCAUGUCGCUUGCACCACCAGGACCGUGAGUUCGAUUCCCGGGUCCACCCAUAAGUUAAAUGUAUGCAUGCAUGACUGUAAGUCGUUUUGGAUAAAAGCGUCUCCUAAAUGGCAUUUAUUAUUAUUAUUAUUAUUAUUAUUAUUAUUAUUAUUACUUUUAGGCUAAUAUUGGCCUACUACCUUUAAUAACAUAAAAUAUUAUGAUAUGAUGUUUAACUGCAGAAAAUUGUAUGAUAUUCAUCACAUUUAACAAAAAUAGGCCUAUAAUAAUUCCUCUGUAUAUGUGACAUGCAUUAGAAGGGAGUGAGGGCAGAGCAGUAUAGGCUAUAUAUGGCCUAACACGGGGAUGCGCAUAUUUCUCUUAGUCUUCUCAUUUGAAAAGCAUGCUUUCCAUUUCGUUAGACUAGAUAGGCUAUCCACUGAUUAUUUUCGUCAAUGUAUCAUGUUGACCAAUUAGUCUACAUGUUUUUAUGGAGAAAUGGCAAGGACCAAGUUGUUUGCGUGUUUAAUGUUCUUUUGGUAGGCCUCUAUCAAAUUACAUAACAUUUUAAAUUUGUAUUGUAAAGUUGUAGGUUUGUAUUUUCCCGUUUGUUCUUCUGUUUUAAUAACACAUGUACACCAACUUUCAGUUAACCCAUAAAUCUGAUUUACCUAAACAAUAUAUGAUCAACGUUGUUUUUGUGAUAUUCAUGAAUCAGAUUUACGUUGUUAAUCGCCCCAUAAAUAUAAUCAGUCCCUGUUUAAAUGCAGUAGAGUUUACACGACUAGCUGCGUGUAUUUCAUGCCUCUGCUAAUAAUAAGCCUAUAAAUUCAGAGGAGAAAGGAAGUAAGAAAACAGACCUCUUUUGUCAUUAUGAGGGCAAAGAUUUAUGACGUUUAAAUGAAAAGAAAAAUGCAGCUUUUGAAGUGUAAAACAAGGAAUUAACUUGAAAAUGUCUCUGUGUAUGUGCAGUCCUACUUUUAAUAUGGCUUCUUUUGUUUUUCAUGGUUUGGUUUGCGUCGAAUUACCAAAAAACUUCUCAUGAUUGGGUGCAUAUCUUCAAGGAAGAGUGAGUUUGUUGCUAGCUCCUGCAUUAAAACAGUUUCAAUCUUCUUUGAGGAUGAAAUGACUUACUUUCUUUCAUCUGAAUAAUAUUUAUUUAAUGAAGACAUGGAAUGUUGAUACAGACAUUUUAAGGAAUUAUCAUAAAAUUAUGUGUCUAAGCGCUGUUAUGAGGGGUGAAAAUUAGCUAUAUGACUGGCAAGACAUUGGUCAAACUUUAAACCAUGUCCCUCUCUUGGGUCUUAUGAAUUUGCCCAGUGAUUUUCCCAGUGGCAUGCACUAGAAUGUAUUUCUAGUGGCAUGAUUGGAAUUAUACUUAAUGUCUACAUGUUGCAGGGUUCCUUUUUUAAGGGUGAUACUCAUAAUCCAAUAUUCAACUUUGCAAGCUAUAUUUCUAAUAUCUCUCUCUCUCUCUCGCUCUCGCUCUCUCUCUCAGGCGGAUGUUCCCUGCGAUGAGAGUAAAGAUUGUGGGUCUGGACUCCCAUCAGCAGUAUUACAUAGCCAUGGACAUUGUUCCUGUGGACAAUAAGAGAUACAGGUAUGCUCCUAUCUUCCUAAGGUAUGCUCACACUUCUUAGCACUUCCUAACAUUUCCUAACUUGCCAUCACUCAUUCGGAUGGGUGUGUACUAUCGUGUGUGCUAUCGCACGGUGAUGUACAGAUAUAUACACAACACAUGCUAUUGGAACAUGACACUCUCCAUGUCUGAGAUUGAUGUUCUCAUUCAGUCAAACCAAAAUAGGCUCUACCCCCAACUUGGACAACAUAGCCGAUAAAUAGUUGUUGUGUAUUUUAAGAUGGAGAGUAGUCCCCAAAAACCCAAAAAGCAUAGACAGAUCAUUGCACAUUUCAAAUGGUAUGCAGAUAUGCACAUAAAUCUGAAUUGAACCUGAAACAAUGACCUUUACAGUAUGUCCAUCUUGGGGAUAGGUUUUUAUGAUGGAUAUCUCUGGCCAAAGUAUCUGAAUGAAUUUCUGGCAUAGAGCACAUUGUCUGGAGAGAAAGAGACCAUAGGAGAGGAGAAUGAACAGUAUUUAUCAUAUGAUGUGUGUAUGGUUAGAGUGAGACCAUAAUAUUGAUAGCUUUAUUCACUAUGGAAAUCGCAAAACAUCUUUCUACCGUAAACCUGGUUCUUUGACCACGGUGGAAUACAAUUCUUAUGAUGUAAGAUAUUGUUUUAAUGUACUACCUCAGCUGAAGGACGCAGUUUAAUGUGUCAUACAUUGGUGAUGUGGCAGAGCGACAGACAAAUGGCGAAGUGUCAUAGUUUAAUUAAUGUUAUAGCAGUGUUACAGAUGGGUCACAAUGCCUUUGUUUAAUUUUUUCUCUAAUUUAACGGAGUACAUCUUCAGUUUAUAUAUCAAUAACAUGCAUUAAUGUUAUAUUAUUGUUACAGACAUUUUUACUAUGUUUACAUUUUAUUUGAUAAACAGGACUUGAGGAACCACUUUAACAAUGCAUUCAUAUUAUUUUCCCCAGUUGUUUAUUUAUGUAAAUGUUUCAUUGUGGGAUCAUAGAACCCUGGCUCUCUAACUGACUGAAGCAUUUGUCUACGAGGCGACGGUCUAGAGAACCAACAUAUUAUGGAGGAUUUUUAGAAGCCAAAAGAUCUUGUAAAAUUAAAUAGGAUUUUCUUCCUGGCUGGGGACUUUACCACAGGGCUUUGCAAACUGAGCUCCGAGCUGUGACUGGAAUGUCUCAUAGUUCUCAUAGAAUUGGGGUCUGGAAAUAGUCUUUAUUGAAAUUUACUUGCUUUACUUAGGCUCUCUGCCUCUCUUCAGGAGUGUCUCAUUUAUACUGGGCUUGUUAAAUCUCCAUAUUUUACUUGUCUUUUAUGUGGACAGUUGGUAUGUUCUAAAUUUGAAUCACAAACAGACACCAGCACUGUCUAACUCUUCAAAUAUUUGAAAACACUCUCACACACACACACAUACGAAAACACGUUCACAUACGAGGACUUGACUUAAUGAUGUAAACUCUGAGCACACACCAGUCAACCGUGUAUGGCAGGGAUGAUCAAUUAGAUUCAACCACGGGCCAUUUUUUUCUUUAGCGGAUGGUCGGGGGGCCGAAACAUAAUCAUUUCAAACCUUGCUUACAUUUGUAAACGAUCUAGAGUCUCUCUAUUAUGUAAGGGAAUAUUUGCGAACAGAUUUCCAAAAAUGUAAAUCACUUGGAGCGGAUUUCCUGGUGUUUUCACAGUCUUUUAUGUCCCCCCUCCGAAAGAAAAAAUAGAUAUACCUGUUGGGGACCCUGCUGUAGGGUCAUGUAAUAGUGAUACUUACUUUGUCAGUUAAGGUAACCCAAUAUAAAGUACAGCCUGGGUUUGGCAAGUGUGUGUGAGUCUUUUAAUGUGUGUGUCUGUCAGAAUGUCUGUGUGUCCAUAAAAGUAUAUAUCUGUUUGAGUUGCAUGCAUACAUAUGUUGUGUGUGUGUGUGUGUGUGUGUGUGUGUGUGGUGUUGGAUGAGGGGGCUAGGCUACCCUCAUCUGUCCAAAUGGUGUCACAUAAAGUCAGGUCUUUAUUGAUUGUGCGGGAGUCAGAUGGCAGAUUUAUGGAAGAUGAAAGGGGGCUAAUCAAAUUUCCAGUCCUGUUUGGGGCUAAGGUCUCUCUUCUUCAACACUUUCCCUGUUACAUAGAGCUUAACCCUAAACAGCACUCCAAACAGGAAAUUACACAAACCCUGGCAUUCUGUGUGUGUGUGUGUGUUUGGUCUGGUGUGUGUUUGUGUGCGUGUUUCUUGUGUGCUAAAGAGGUGAGAGAGUGUGUACGUGUGUACAGGGUGGUCAAGGCUGUGUGUGUGAGAGAGAGAGAGAGAGACCAAGAGGGUGGUGUAACGCUGCUAGACAAUAACAAAGAGGCCAAAUUAGAGUUUUGUCGCUGAGUGAAGACUGGAAGAAGCGUUGCAGCUAAGCACUUUCAACUGUGCGCAUGGACAGAACUAAAGGCAAACAGCUGUGCUUGGGGCUACAGUGGAUUGGAGUCCCUCUCUUGCGUCAGUCAGUCAGUGAGGGGAAUGCUCUGUGCUGGGCAGGGCAGCCAUAUUGUACUCUAACGUAAAAUGUUAUGACUGAGCUUAAUUGUGAAUAUGUCGUUAAAAGCAUAUGUAGUAUGUGUGGGGAUAUUUGAUAUCUCUAUUGUGAGCAAGCUCUGCAACACAUGACACAUGAACUCCACGACUACAAUGCUUCACAAUAACAUAUGCAAAACCUGUGGAAAAAAAACAGAGAAUCAAAUGUGAAAUAAGGUUUGGUGCUGAUACGUCUGUCACUGUGUGUCUGUCCUCCAGGUAUGUGUAUCACAGCUCCAAGUGGAUGGUGGCGGGGAACGCGGACUCCCCAGUGCCCCCGCGGGUCUACAUCCACCCAGACUCCCUGGCCUCUGGAGACACCUGGAUGAGGCAGGUGGUCAGCUUCGACAAACUCAAACUCACUAACAACGAGCUGGACGACCAGGGCCAUGUGAGUGAGCCGGUGAGCCGGCUUAACUUGACAUACCAUACUCUUGCCUCUCUCCUACACCUGUGCAAUUUUACACCUGUACACUAAUAUAAAGAUGUAAUUGUACUGUUUCAGUAUUUCUCAAAGUGUUUUACAUUGUAAUAUGGGAAUUUACUUACAUUUUAGUCAUUUUUGCAGACGCACUUAUUCAGAGCGACUUACAGUUAGUGAGUGCAUACAUUUUACUUCACCCCACCCAUGUGUAGAUAAGACUAUUCUUAGAGAAGAAUACUAUUUUUUUUCUACUGCGGUCUUCAUCGACUGAUGCUGAAAUAGUCGAUCAGCAUUGAUGUAGUUAUGGCACAAGAUGGAUCUCCUCAUGACAUGAACUCCGUGCUGUUACAGGCCAGAUUGCUUUUAUUACGGGGCCUUGACGUUGUUGAAACAGUCAGAAGAGCCAGUGCAAAUCAAUUUCUCCAUAGAGGUCCUGAUUUAGUGAUGCCAGGUAAUGUAAUUACUCAAGAUGGACCCAACCUAUGCAGCCAUGAUGGAGAGAUACAUCAUUUUUAGAAUCUUCUCUCAAAAUGGCUGCCAGUGGCUUCAUGUAGCUUAGUGAGGCGCUGAUGGGCUGGCACAUUCAGGUCCUCAUAUGGGCCUGUUUUCCACCCGGCCAGCUGAUGUUAUCGCAGCUCCGUUAUUCUGACAAAUGUAAUAACAGAUGGGUGUUAGAUGCAGCAGUGGGUACGUAUUUUUGGGGGGAGUUAGGCAUGGCCCCUUUUUCUCUCCCACAGUUGUGUUAUAAGGCCUUUGUUCCGCUGGAGGCAUUGAGGCGAGAGGAAAUUAACUUUGGAACUUCAUGUGUGGGAAACCUCAUCGCAGAUAGGCGGGUAUCUGUCCCAUCACUCUUCUCUUCUUCCUCCGACUUGCCAUACUAUCAAACCUCUCCAUCAACAGUGGUUGCUAUAAUAAGGGAAAGGGAAAGGGGGAUACCUAGUCAGUUGUACAACUGAAUGCAUUCAACUGAAAUGUGUCUUCCGUAUUUAACUCAACCCCUCUGAAUCAGAUAAGCAGGGCUAUUGGUUCUUAAAAACCUCUAAAACUCUAAGCCGUUGGGGGGGCCUAACAUAUGGAAUUGUUUUAAGAUGGUCAUACCAUGGAUCAUUUAGCUAUUUGAUUUAGAAUUUUAGGACCCCUUUAGGUAUAUGUUUUUUGGGGAUAAAAUAUUGAAUUUGGCCUUUACUACUAUAGCCCAUAGAAAAACGCAUUGAAUAUCACGUUUAUAAAUGGCAAAAAAUACAGACAAAAAAUGUAUCAUCAAGUUUUAAAGUGUCUGUUCUAUGUCUCUAGGAGAUAUAAGAAAGCUCAGGAAAUCUUUUUGUUUUUUUGGACACAUAUUUAACCCCUAAUUUUUGUUGGCACAAAACUACCUCCAUACUUCCAUUUGUUUAUAUGGGUUACCUUCAGACGAGUCCUGUGACACUUGUGUGGGUCGUAGAGCAAAAUGGAGAGUCUCCCCUUUCCAUAGAUUGGUCAUAAUAGUACAGAUGUUUUCAUGAGAAGACCGAUUUUCGGGAUGUCUCAUGGUCUGACAAACACCUCUGUAGCUCUGCCACCUUCCACCGCAGAUGCGGAAGGCCGACAUAGGCGGAUGUGGUGGAUUGAGACGCAGCCCAUGCAACAAAUAUAUCUCUAGCUUAAACUGACGGAUUUUGAUGGGGAUUUUUUUUAUUAUGUUACUUAGAUUGACGCAUGGGUGAUUAGCCAAGAUGAUUAGCUUUCGCUUGUUAUUCAUGUAAAUAUGUAAUAAAUACACUGCUCAAAAAAAUAAAGGGAACACUUAAACAACACAAUGUAACUCCAAGUCAAUCACACUUCUGUGAAAUCAAACUGUCCACUUAGGAAGCAACACUGAUUGACAAUAAAUGUCACAUGCUGUUGUGCAAAUGGGAUAGACAACAGGUGGAAAUUAUAGGCAAUUAGCAAGACACCCCCAAUAAAGGACUGGUUUUGCAGGUGGUGACCACAGACCACUUCUCAGUUCCUAUGCUUCCUGGCUGAUGUUUUGGUCACUUUUGAAUGCUGGCGGUGCUUUCACUCUAGUGGUAGCAUGAGACGGAGUCUACAACCCACACAAGUGGCUCAGGUAGUGCAGCUCAUCCAGGAUGGCACAUCAAUGCGAGCUGUGGCAAGAAGGUUUGCUGUGUCUGUCAGCGUAGUGUCCAGAGCAUGGAGGCGCUACCAGGAGACAGGCCAGUACAUCAGGAGACGUGGAGGAGGCCGUAGGAGGGCAACAACCCAGGACCGCUACCUCCGCCUUUGUGCAAGGAGGAGCAGGAGGAGCACUGCCAGAGCCCUGCAAAAUGACCUCCAGCAGGCCACAAAUGUGCAUGUGUCUGCUCAAACGGUCAGAAACAGACUCCAUGAGGCUGGUAUGAGGGCCCGACGUCCACAGGUGGGGGUUGUGCUUACAGCCCAACACCGUGCAGGACGUUUGGCAUUUGCCAGAGAACACCAAGAUUGGCAAAUUCGCCACUGACGCCCUGUGCUCUUCACAGAUGAAAGCAGGUUCACACUGAGCACGUGACAGACGUGACAGAGUCUGGAGACGUCGUGGAGAACGUUCUGCUGCCCGCAACAUCCUCCAGCAUGACCGGUUUGGCGGUGGGUCAGUCAUGGUGUGGGGUGGCAUUUCUUUGGGGGGCCGCACAGCCCUCCAUGUGCUCGCCAGAGGUAGCCUGACUGCCAUUAGGUACCGAGAUGAGAUCCUCAGACCCCUUGUGAGACCAUAUGCUGGUGCGGUUGGCCCUGGGUUCCUCCUAAUGCAAGACAAUGCUAGACCUCAUGUGGCUGGAGUGUGUCAGCAGUUCCUGCAAGAGGAAGGCAUUGAUGCUAUGGACUGGCCCGCCCGUUCCCCAGACCUGAAUCCAAUUGAGCACAUCUGGGACAUCAUGUCUCGCUCCAUCCACCAACACCACGUUGCACCACAGACUGUCCAGGAGUUGGCGGAUGCUUUAGUCCAGGUCUGGGAGGAGAUCCCUCAGGAGACCAUCCGUCACCUCAUCAGGAGCAUGCCCAGGCGUUGUAGGGAGGUCAUACAGGCACGUGGAGGCCACACACACUACUGAGCCUAAUUUUGACUUGUUUUAAGGACAUUACAUCAAAGUUGGAUCAGCCUGUAGUGUAGUUUUCCACUUUAAUUUUGAGGGUGACUCCAAAUCCAGACCUCCAUGGGUUGAUAAAUUUGAUUUCCAUUGAUACUUUUUGUGUGAUUUUGUUGUCAGCACAUUCAACUAUGUAAAGAAAAAAGUAUUUAAAAAGAUUAUUUCAUUCAUUCAGAUCUAGGAUGUGUUAUUUUAGUGUUCCCUUAAUUUUUUUGAGCAGUGUAUGUAACUGAAAUCACUUCAUAACUACAGUAGGCCUAUUAUUUUAAUGACAUUACUACAUGUAUUGUUUUGACAAUAGAUCUGUCAGAUAAGUCCCUGGGCUGCUCUGUGUUGUUGUGAGCUCAGUGUGUGUAUGUGUGACUGAGGCGGGUUUGACCUGACUCAGAACCCCGGCCCUAACUGGGGGUCCCCUGGACCGAGCAGUGGGGCAAGGUGAAGAGGAUGGGGGGCUGGAAUAUUACAUUUACUGUCAAUGUUAUACGUUAUUGUUUCCCCAAUCUGUUUGAAAUGACCCACUUAGUUGUUUGCGGCUCCAGGGAGGCUUUCUCACUCGGGAUGUAAUCAAGAGCAGACAGCGAGCCAGAGGGAAGGCUGGGCCACCAUAGCCGGAAGCCUCAGCUCUGCUCUCUGGUGUUAAAUACUUACCUUACCACCUCUCUCAUCAGAAGUGUGGACUUGUGUUCUUCUUAAUCAUACAACCCUGAUAUGAACUCAGACUUGCUUAGACACACACAGGCACACGCACACACAUACACACACACAAUGUAACCAUUACAAUCUCUCUGUGGUUUCAGAUCAUCCUCCACUCCAUGCAUAAGUACCAGCCUCGUGUCCAUGUGAUCAGGAAGGACUUCAGCAGUGACCUGUCCCCUACCAAGCCUGUUCCCAGCGGAGAGGGAGUGAAGACCUUCAGCUUCCCUGAGACUGUCUUCACCACUGUCACCGCCUACCAGAACCAACAGGUCUGAGGCCAGACACCUUUCUCUUUGUUGCUAUGAUGCUGUUGCCACUCAAUUGGUCUAUCUGCACCAGGCUUAGGUUCAAUUCAAGUUUAAUUUGAGUCAAUUCUGGAAGUGAACUUAAAGUGGAACUGACACCGUUUUAACUACUUUGCAGAUAUGAAUGAAACAAACAGACAAUCAUAAUAUCAGUCCAAAAUAUCAAAUUCACAGUUUAUGCCUCAAAACCAACUUUGUAAGAGGUUAAAAAAAAUUGUUAUAUUUGACUCAAAAUUCCAUUACGUAUAGUCAGGUAUUGUUGGCAGAAUAGAUGGAUGCAGUCAAUGCAUGAUUAAUAUAAUUAACUAAUAUAAUGCUUGGCAGUCUAAUAAAAAUUGCUAUCAGGUUGUAAAUCACAACUCGUACAUUGUUUGCUGCCUGAAGCCGUUUGGCUGAUGCACAAAUAAGGGUGAAAGUAAGGUGGAUAUCUCAACACAAUCAAACUAGCAUGGGCAAUGAUCAUAAGUCAUAAUGUGGCUAAUAUGCUAUUUUAUUUAUUUAUGUAUUUAUUUAGCAAGCUAAAAACACAGAGCCUUGAUGUACAGUGGGGAAAAAAAGUAUUUAGUCAGCCACCAAUUGUGCAAGUUCUCCCACUUAAAAAGAUGAGAGAGGCCUGUAAUUUUCAUCAUAGGUACACGUCAACUAUGACAGACAAAAUGAGAAAAAAAAAUCCAGAAAAUCACAUUGUAGGAUUUUUUAUUAAUUUAUUGGCAUAUGAUGGUGGAAAAUAAGUAUUUGGUCAAUAACAAAAGUUUCUCAAUACUUUGUUAUAUACCCUUUGUUGGCAAUGAUACAGGUCAAACGUUUUCUGUAAGUCUUCACAAGGUUUUCACACACUGUUGCUGGUAUUUUGGCCCAUUCCUCCAUGCAGAUCUCCUCCAGAGCAGUGAUGUUUUGGGGCUGUCGCUGGGCAACACGGACUUUCAACUCCCUCCAAAGAUUUUCUAUGGGGUUGAGAUCUGGAGACUGGCUAGGCCACUCCAGGACCUUGAAAUGCUUCUUACGAAGCCACUCCUUCGUUGCCCGGGCGGUGUGUUUGGGAUCAUUGUCAUGCUGAAAGACCCAGCCACGUUUCAUCUUCAAUGCCCUUGCUGAUGGAAGGAGGAUUUCACUCAAAAUCUCACGAUACAUGGCCCCAUUCAUUCUUUCUUUUACACGGAUCAGUCGUCCUGGUCCCUUUGCAGAAAAACAGCCCCAAAGCAUGAUGUUUCCAACCCCAUGCUUCACAGUAGGUAUGGUGUUCUUUGGAUGCAACUCAGCAUUCUUUGUCCUCCAAACAUGACGAGUUGAGUUUUUACCAAAAAGUUAUAUUUUGGUUUCAUCUGACCGUAUGACAUUCUCCCAAUCCUCUUCUGGAUCAUCCAAAUGCACUUCAGACGGGCCUGGACAUGUACUGGCUUAAGCAGGGGGACACGUCUCGCACUGCAGGAUUUGAGUCCCUGGCGGCGUAGUGUGUUGCUGAUGGUAGGCUUUGUUACUUUGGUCCCAGCUCUCUGCAGGUCAUUCACUAGGUCCCCCCGUGUGGUUCUGAGAUUUUUGCUCACCGUUCUUGUGAUCAUUUUGACCCCACGGGGUGAGAUCUUGCGUGGAGCCCCAGAUCGAGGGAGAUUAUCAGUGGUCUUCUAUGUCUUCCAUUUCCUAAUAAUUGCUCCCACAGUUGAUUUCUUCAAACCAAGCUGCUUACCUAUUGCAGAUUCAGUCUUCCCAGCCUGGUGCAGGUCUACAAUUUUGUUUUUGGUGUCCUUUGACAGCUCUUUGGUCUUGGCCAUUGUGGAGUUUGGAGUGUGACUGUUUGAGGUUGUGGACAGGUGUCUUUUAUACUGAUAACAAGUUCAAACAGGUGCCAUUAAUACAGGUAACGAGUGGAGGACAGAGGAGCCUCUUAAAGAAGAAGUUACAGGUCUGUGAGAGCCAGAAAUCUUGCUUGUUUGUAGGUGACCAAAUACUUAUUUUCCACCAUAAUUUGCAAAUAAAUUCAUUAAAAAUCCUACAAUGGGAUUUUCUGGAUUUUUUUUCCUCAAUUUGUCUGUCAUAGUUGACGUGUACCUAUGAUGAAAAUUACAGGCCUCUCUCAUCUUUUUAAGUGGGAGAACUUGCACAAUUGGUGGCUGACUAAAUACUUAUUUUCCCCACUGUAGCUAGGAUGUAAUGUCAUCACACAAAAAGUUUUUAGCAGCUUCGGUGGCACAGUUAAGUUGCAGGUGUCAUUUGGUUAGCUAGCUAACAAGAAAUGUGACUCGCUUCUGAACUUGAACGACUGUUAUCCACAGGAAACUCUUAGUUGUCAAUCAAAUGUAUUUGUCAUCGAUCAAAUUGGCAGGCAGGCAAGCAAGCUGGUAAAUCCCAUUCAGUUUUCAAAAACGUGGGUUAUGGGACAUAAGCUGGUAUUGGAAGGCAGGCUGCAGCAGGGCAAGCGAGCAGGCUACUAUUCCCCAUCAUAUCAGUGCAACUACACGCUGAAAAAUCUGACCGUUUUCCCUUUUGUCUGGGCUUUAUCCCUCACUAGAUUUCAUUUUAGCUCAUCUGGCUCUUUCUAAAGUCGUGCUGUUGCAGCUGCCUGUAAACAUACAGAUAAAAGUGAAUGGCAUACCCCAGUAUGGCAAUGGGUUAUUUGCAUAUACGCCAACUGAAGCUCUGAUUGGUUAUGGUGCACCGGUCUGUGUAGAGUCUGGGCCUGGACAAAGACUGAUACGUUUUUAUUAGUUUUUAUUUGGCGGUGUCUAUUAAUUGCCCAAAUGCACGGCAGCUUUCCCACUCAUAUUACUAUAGAAUUUUCACAAAUACCCGACUAGACGUCAUUCCCAAACAUUCUAUGAAUGUAUCAAAAUGUGAAACGCUCACUUGUCACAAAAUGUAAAAAAAAAUUCACUAUAUUCUUCCCGAGGGUGUACAGUAUAUAAACAUAUUGUAAUGAGAUGUAAGGUGGUAAAACACUGUCAGUUCCUCUUUAAAUUCAGUUUAUGAAUGGAAAAUUGACAAUUAUUAUUAUUUAAAAAAAAAAUGAAUUCCUUUAUUCAUUCAAACAUUCUUUCAUUUACACUUCAGUUUCUUUUGAAAUCUUUAUAUUGACCCGUUUUUCCCCUCUCCAACGUGCAUCGGUCGUAUGUAAUUUGUUUUGAUUGUCAUGUUUUUCUUUCCCACAGAUAACUAGACUAAAGAUCGACCGCAACCCAUUUGCUAAAGGAUUUCGGGAUUCAGGUAGAAACAGGUAUACAUUCCUCCACUAACCCGAGGUCCGUGUAAUACAACCUGUCUCAGCGUUCGCAAUGCUGUGUGCCGCAAAUCGGUCCUUUUCUCCAACGUGGCCUUUAAUAUGGAAAUAAUCCCCUGGAGAUACCUCCUAAUCCCAUAUGCUGCUCCAUAUAAAAUCAGUCACUCUCUCCCCAGCCAAGAAAACCCCACUACAUCUGAGAUAGAACCACAGGUUCUGGGUAGGGGAGAGCUCUCUCUCUCUCUCUCGCUCUUGCUCUCAGUCCAGAUUAUCAUAUGUAACAGGGAAAACACUGAACCAGACCCCCAGCACAUGAAAGCUCCCCUCCCAUCUGGAGCGAAUUAUUGGCACAGUUAUUUGAGACAUCUUUUUUCAUUUUUCAAACAAUAGAGUGCCUGAUUUAUGAACUAGCAUUAGAAUUUAAUUGCAGAAAACUACAGAUGAAAAGAUGAUGUAGAAAUAAGAUAUCUAUAGACAGAAAAUGUAUCCUCACACAUAUCCCCCUAACUCUACUCAUAUCAAUGCAUUACAGUAGUAAUUUACCUCAUUACUGUUAAACUGUCAGUUAUUCCACAUUAUAGCGAACUGAAAUGAAUUAAAACGAGGACAUAUUACACAAGCUGAUUCGUUAAUUAACUACUGGGUUGUUUCCCCUCUAUGAAUUUAUAUCUUAAUAUAGAGCUCUCUCUCAGGCAUUAAAUUAUGAUUGUCGUCAACUAGAUUUUUUGACUGGUGACACUUGACUUUAUGAGGUAAAACAGGGCAGAGCUCAUUUGUUGGGUUUUGGUCCUGAGCGCUAUGAAUGAGUGCACUGAUGGCCAGGGCCAGUGUGAUUAGCGUAGCGCGCAAAUGAGCUGGAAUGGCCCGGGAGUUACUGGCCCUAAAAUAACAUGGUCAGGACAGGCCCUCGUUUCCCUGGGACAGGGCCCAGAGGCGCACACGGGAGUAAAUCAUGCAGUAAGGAGAACCGUGUACAGAUUCAAGAUGAAACGUCACUCAGAUUUAUGAUCACAGUAAAAACCUGCACAUUUUAAUGGCUCCAGUUUCCUCCCAGUCUGACUCCACUUCUUCUUCUCUUCCUCCCUCCUCUCUCAUUCUCACUUACACUCCUUCCUUUCUCUACGUCCCUCUCUCGCUCUUUGACUAUCUGUUUUGCCGUCACAACUCUUCCUUCCUCUUUCUCUUACCCCGGCUUUGUUAUGUUUUAUGUAUCCGUCCCUCACACUGACCCUCUUUUUUUUUCUCCACUGUUUCAGUCUCUCAUUCUCUCUCUCACACAGGUCUGGUCUGGAGGCGAUCAUGGAGACCUAUGCGUUCUGGAGACCGCCUGUGAGGACACUCACAUUUGAGGACUUCACCAACAUGCAGAAACAGCAAGGUGUGUACAACUGUCUCUAAACUAUGACCUAAUCUCUACAAUCUUCUAUAAUACAGUGGGGGAAAAAAGUAUUUAGUCAGCCACCAAUUGUGCAAGUUCUCCCACUUAAAAAGAUGAGAGAGGCCUGUAAUUUUCAUCAUAGGUACACGUCAACUAUGACAGACAAAUUGAGAAAAAGAAAUGCAGAAAAUCACAUUGUAGGAUUUUUUAUGAAUUUAUUUGCAAAUUAUGGUGGAAAAUAAGUAUUUGGUCACCUACAAACAAGCAAGAUUUCUGGCUCUCACAGACCUGUAACUUCUUCUUUAAGAGGCUCCUCUGUCCUCCACUCGUUACCUGUAUUAAUGGCACCUGUUUGAACUUGUUAUCAGUAUAAAAGACACCUGUCCACAACCUCAAACAGUCACACUCCAAACUCCACUAUGGCCAAGACCAAAGAGCUGUCAAAGGACACCAGAAACAAAAUUGUAGACCUGCACCAGGCUGGGAAGACUGAAUCUGCAAUAGGUAAGCAGCUUGGUUUGAAGAAAUCAACUGUGGGAGCAAUUAUUAGGAAAUGGAAGACAUACAAGACCACUGAUAAUCUCCCUCGAUCUGGGGCUCCACGCAAGAUCUCACCCUGUGGGGUCAAAAUGAUCACAAGAAUGGUGAGCAAAAAUCCCGAACCACACGGGGGGACCUAGUGAAUGACCUGCAGAGAGCUGGGACCAAAGUAACAAAGCCUACCAUCAGUAACACACUACGCCGCCAGGGACUAAAAUCCUGCAGUGCCAGACGUGUCCCCCUGCUUAAGCCAGUACAUGUCCAGGCCCGUCUGAAGUUUGCUAGAGUGCAUUUGGAUGAUCCAGAAGAGGAUUGGGAGAAUGUCAUAUGGUCAGAUGAAACCAAAAUAUAACUUUUUGGUAAAAACUCAACUCGUCGUGUUUGGAGGACAAAGAAUGCUGAGUUGCAUCCAAAGAACACCAUACCUACUGUGAAGCAUGGGGGUGGAAACAUCAUGCUUUGGGGCUGUUUUUCUGCAAAUGGACCAGGACGACUGAUCCGUGUAAAGGAAAGAAUGAAUGGGGCCAUGUAUCGUGAGAUUUUGAGUGAAAACCUCCUUCCAUCAGCAAGGGCAUUGAAGAUGAAACGUGGCUGGGUCUUUCAUCAUGACAAUGAUCCCAAACACACCGCCCGGGCAACGAAGGAGUGGCUUCGUAAGAAGCAUUUCAAGGUCCUGGAGUGGCCUAGCCAGUCUCCAGAUCUCAACCCCAUAGAAAAUCUUUGGAGGGAGUUGAAAGUCCGUGUUGCCCAGCGACAGCCCCAAAACAUCACUGCUCUAGAGGAGAUCUGCAUGGAGGAAUGGGCCAAAAUACCAGCAACAGUGUGUGAAGACUUACAGAAAACGUCUGACCUGUGUCAUUGCCAACAAAGGGUAUAUAACAAAGUAUUGAGAAACUUUUGUUAUUGACCAAAUACUUAUUUUCCACCAUAACUUGCAAAUAAAUUCAUAAAAAAUCCUACAAUGUGAUUUUCUGGAUUUUUUUUCCUCAUUUUGUCUGUCAUAGUUGACGUGUACCUAUGAUGAAAAUUACAGGCCUCUCUCAUCUUUUUAAGUGGGAGAACUUGCACAAUUGGUGGCUGACUAAAUACUUUUUUCCCCACUGUAUAUACUCUUUCACUGUCACUUCAUAUCUUUCCUUUACCUCACAACACGUCAAUUAUCUUAAUCAGUCUGGUCAUCACCACCUGUUUUGGCACCUCCCUUUAACUUGGAAUCUGCAGAACUUUUCACAUUCUGCAGGGCCUUGAAAUACAAUUAUUAAAUGAACACUGUGGCUUUUGGACGGCUUUGUGACAUGAGUGGAAUCACCCCGAUGCUUUAAAGCAAGCCGAUUUCUUCAGCGCCCCUUCCUCUGAGGUUAUGAUGACGUUACACCUCUCAGUAUUUUGUCUGUGCCGACAUCUGUUUGUUAUCACAAACUCCUCCAAACCGAUUAGACGUUAAUUAGAGUCCUCGCGCCGCUGAUGAACGUUGGGCGCGCCGUAAGGGCUCGGAGCUGGAGCAUGUGUCGUCCCCCUACCUCCACUCCCGUCCCCCCCAGCGGCACCAGACGCCCGUCCAGCGGGGUAAUAAACAGUUCCCCUCAGCGACGCUGAAGCUACUCUAACCCCUGCCCGACCAGAGAGGAAAACAUGACAUCACUAUGAUAUCCUCCUCUCCUGGCCAACAGAACCCUGCAGAACUGAGCUGAACAUUAUCGAAGGCAUAUGGUGCAGUCAGAAUCAGAACCCUGGCCAAGAGAGAGUCCUGAAUUAGUUAGUUAUGCAGUUUUUCUUUUCUUUAGUUGGUUUCAAACUGGAUUUCUCUAACAUUCAAAUGAAUGCGGGCCAAAUUCUCAUUAAUAAAGAAAUAUGUGAGUGAUAUCCCACAGCUAUCGGUCGAUUCCAUAAGCUUUACUUAUUGCAUGUUAACCUGUGCCAAGAUGUCCAUUCAUGUCUAAAUUAUGAAUGCAUGAUUCUUUGAGAAAAGGGGCAAGCUCGGAGCUCUGUUGACCAGACAUGUACUGUACCAAACUGAAGCCACAUUUAUGCUCAGAAACAAGUACUGUUAUUUUAGGGUUUAGGAUCCCAUAAAUACUACUAUUUCAAAGAAGUAAUGAUGUCAUGCAAUUAGUCCUUAAAAUCAGAUGUUGAGGAAAUGAAAGUGGUAAAGUCAGCUGAAAUUGACCAGUAAGUGUAAUAUCGAAUUCUUUAAUACAUGUGAAUUAAGUGGCUUAUGCACCAGCCUUAAACAGGGCUCUCAUAUUUGACCGGUUAAGAUCAAAUGGCAGCAGUUGCUGGAAUGAGACAUUCUGACGGCGAUAGGUCGAAUGGCUGAAAUGAGAGAUACUCUGAGUGUGAUUGUUGGCCAAUGCUUCUGUUGUUUCACUCCGUAGCGCUGGCUCUGUCUCACUGUCUUUGCGUUGAGUGUGUGUGUGUCCCUGUGUGUUUUUCAGGAGGAAGCACCGGCACCUCUCCCACCACCUCCAGCACAGGAGCCCCCUCCCCUUCUGGCGCAGCUCACCUCCUGUCCCCCUCCUGCUCCCCACCCACCUUCCACCUGGCCCCCAACACCUUCAACGUGGGCUGCAGGGAGAGCCAGCUGUGCAGCAUGGGCUUGUCUGAGUACCCGGCCUGCGCCCGCAGCAACAUGGCGGCCCUGCAGGGCUACGGGGGCCUGGCCGACAGCUCCUAUGGACGCCUCCAGGCAGCAGGGGGCGCUGUGGCCUCAGUCCAGCAGUCUGAAUCCUUCCUGCCCCAGAGGACGUCCUCCCUGAUCGCUGCGGGCAUGCAGGGGGGUGGCCACGGCUCUCUGUCUGGCGGCAGCGGUGGCGGGAAGAUGGAUGCCUACGGAGGUCAGCUCACCUCGUUCCCGGCCUCCCAGCUGCAGUAUGUGAUGCAGGGUGGCGCUAGCUCUGCCUCUGGCUCCUCCUCCUCCUCCUCAGGCUCCUCCCCCUCUUCUGCCCACAUGUUCAGCGGGGGCCACCACCAUGUACAGCAGGGAUCUUACAACACCUUCUCACUCCACAAUCCCUACAACCUGUAUGGAUACAACUUCCCCACCUCCCCUCGCCUGGCCGCCAGCCCUGAGAAGACCCAGAGCGGCCUCCUAUGCUCCUCCUCCUCUGCCGGGGUGUUUGCCGAGCGCCAAUACCUGUCCAACGGUGGCAUGGACAGCAUGCACAUGAUUGGCAAUCCCUCCGCUGGCCAGCAGGGGGCUGGCUCCUGUGAUGGCCGUCAGUAUGGCUCAUCCUCUCAGAUGUCCAUGCACAUUGUGUAA